AUGCCCAAAGUCUCUGAAAUCGCCCUUUCCAGGAUGCUGUAUGAGAAACCAGAAGCCCUGAAGCCUCCACGGACAGAUUAUCUCUCGGUGAUUCCAUGGCUAGCGCCGAUUGUAUGGAAUGGACUCUACAAUAUAGACAUACUCAACGCACAAUUCCACAAGAGAGGAGUUCACAUUGGACUGACUGUGUUUGCUAUUAGAAAGUACACUAAGUUUAUCAAACAUUUUCUGGACACAGCUGAGAAGUUUUUCAUGACUGGACACCGGGUCACUUAUUAUGUAAUGACCGACCAGCCAGCUGCCGUCCCCAACAUUACACUUGGUGAAAGGAGAAAUCUGGUUGUCCUGGAGGUCCCGGCCUACAAAAGAUGGCAGGACAUCACCAUGAGGAGGAUGCAGAUCAUUCGAGACUACAUCCAUGAUCGGUUUGUCAAUGAGGUGGACUAUCUGGUGUGUCUAGAUGUGGACAUGGAGUUCAAAGACCAGGUUGGGGUUGAGAUCCUCAGUGAUGUUUAUGGCGUCAUCCAUCCGGGUUUUUUCACAUCGUCUCGCAAGGAGUUCCCCAAUGAAAGGCGACCUCAGUCUGCAGGUUACAUCCCCGAAGACGAGGGCGAUUUCUAUUACACGGGGUCCCAUUUUGGAGGCACGGUGGAAGAGAUCUACAAGUUGACCAACCAUUGCCACCACGCCAUGCUGGCCGAUAAAGACAUAAACAUAGAAGCCCUUUGGCAUGAUGAGAGUUAUCUCAACAGAUAUUUCCUGUAUUACAAACCCACCAAGCUCCUGUCUCCAGAGUAUUCCUGGAACUACUACUUUGGAGACUCGGCCCUGGUGGAGAAGAAGAGAUUUGUCGAUCUCCCUAAGGAGUAUGCCAAAGUACGUGACAACCCAUGA